AUGCUGAUUCUGCUCCUGGUCUUCAUCAUUUUCAUCCUGUUGGCUGGCUAUUUUUUCAGGUUCAGAAGACACAGGAAAGCUGUUGUGAACUCUGGGGACAAAAAGAUGCCAAAUGGGAUCUUAGAAGAACAAGAACAGCAACGGGUCAUGCUGCUCAGUAGAUCUCCCUCAGGCCCCAAAAAGUAUUUCCCUAUUCCAGUGGAAAAUCUGGAAGAGGAAAUACGGAUGCGAUCAGCGGAUGAAGGGAAGCUCUUCAGGGAGGAGUUUAAUUCUUUAACACCUGGAUAUGUGCAGGGAACAUUUGAAAUGGCAAACAAGGAAGAAAACAGGGAGAAAAACAGAUAUCCUAACAUCCUGCCAUAUGAUCAUUCCAGAGUGAUUUUGACCCAAAUCGAUGGAGUCCCAUCUUCAGACUACAUUAAUGCAUCGUAUAUAGAUGGUUACAAAGAAAAGAACAAAUUUAUAGCCGCACAAGGUCCAAAGCAAGAGACAGUUAAUGAUUUCUGGAGGAUGAUAUGGGAGCAGAAGUCAGCCAUUAUCGUCAUGUUAACCAACCUGAAAGAAAGAAAAGAGGAAAAAUGCUACCAGUAUUGGCCUGACCAAGGGUGCUGGACCUAUGGGAACAUCCGGGUGUCAGUGGAAGAUUGCAUCGUUCUGGUGGACUACACCAUCCGCAAGUUCUGCGUUCAGUCGCAGCUUCAUGAUGGAUGUAAAGUUCCACGGCUGGUAACUCAGCUCCACUUCACCAGCUGGCCUGAUUUUGGGGUGCCUUUCACACCUAUUGGGAUGCUGAAAUUCCUGAAAAAAGUCAAAACACUGAAUCCUGCCCACGCUGGGCCAAUUGUGGUUCACUGUAGUGCUGGUGUGGGUCGCACAGGCACAUUUAUUGUUAUAGAUGCCAUCAUAGACAUGAUGCACGAGGAACAGAAAGUUGAUGUCUUUGAGUUUGUCUCAAGAAUCCGUAACCAGCGUCCACAGAUGGUUCAGACUGAUAUGCAAUACUCCUUCAUUUAUCAAGCCUUACUUGAAUACUACCUCUAUGGUGACACAGAGCUUGAUGUGUCAUCCUUAGAAAAACAUCUACAAACAUCACACAACGCGGCACCAAACCUUGUCAAAAUAGGGCUAGAAGAAGAAUUUAAGAAGUUAACAAAUGUUCGGAUAAUGAAAGAGAACAUGAGAACUGGCAAUCUUCCAGCAAACAUGAAGAAAGCUCGAGUCAUCCAGAUCAUCCCCUAUGAUUUUAACAGAGUGAUUCUGUCAAUGAAAAGAGGGCAAGAGUAUACAGACUACAUCAAUGCCUCCUUCAUAGAUGGUUAUCGCCAGAAGGACUACUUCAUUGCCACCCAGGGCCCACUCCCGCACACGGUGGAGGAUUUCUGGCGGAUGGUGUGGGAGUGGAAGUGCCACACCAUCGUUAUGCUCACAGAAGUUCAGGAGAGGGAGCAGGAGAAAUGCUGCCAGUAUUGGCCAUCAGAGGGCUCUGUGACUCAUGGAGAGAUAACGGUGGAAAUCAAGAGUGACAGCCUGCUAGAUGCCAUAAGCGUCAGGGACUUCCUUGUUACAUACAAUCGCCCACAGGGCAACCAGGAGAAGCAAAGCAGGCUUGUUCGGCAGUUCCAUUUCCAUGGGUGGCCAGAAAUUGGGAUUCCUGCAGAAGGAAAAGGGAUGAUCGACCUGAUUGCAGCUGUCCAGAAGCAGCAGCAGCAAACGGGCAACCACCCCAUUACAGUGCACUGCAGUGCUGGCGCUGGAAGAACAGGUACCUUCAUAGCACUCAGCAACAUUCUGGAGCGGGUGAAGGCUGAAGGGCUCUUAGAUGUAUUUCAAGCUGUGAAGAGCUUAAGACUGCAAAGGCCACAUAUGGUGCAAACACUGGAACAGUAUGAAUUCUGCUACAGAGUGGUACAAGAUUUCAUCGACAUAUUUUCGGAUUAUGCUAAUUUCAAAUGACAC